AUGGGAGUUGAAUGCUGGAGAAACACCCUGCUGCUGCUGGCUGCCCUGGUCCUGGCAGCCAAAUUGGGUCACUUUCAAAGGUGGGGAGGCUUCCAGGAGAAGUCCGUGAGCAAGAAAAACAUGAAUUCAACACUCAAAUUCUUCAUUGAAAACUACAACAAUGUGAGCAAUGACAUGUAUUUAUUUCGAAUAGACAAGCUACUUCAAAGUCAUAUGCAGCUGACAACAGGAGUGGAGUAUCUGGUCACCGUGAAGAUUAGCCGGACCAAGUGCAGGAAGAACAGCACAAAAAGUCACUCAUGCCCCCUUCAAAGCGGGAAGAAUUUGAAAAAGAGUUUCAUUUGCAAUUUUUUGAUGUACACCGUGCCCUGGAUGAACUAUUACCAACUUUGGAAUAACUCCUGUCUAGAGGCCUAA